AUGGCAUCCCGGUCACUUAUUACUUUUUAUAAUUGUCAAAAUUUACGAGUGUGUGUCUCGCGUACGAGCGAACCAGCCCCACCCCCACCUCUCGCAAGCCAUAACAAACCUUUUGUGGGCCGCUUUCUAUGUAGUUCCGUGCUCACUUCCGCCGGCAGUAGUUGCUACCGUUCCUUUUCUACGCAGCUAGCCAAGGCUCGGUGUAUGGCCACAACAGUCGUGAUGGUCGUAUCGUCUCCGCACAGGCCCAAGUUGGCGCCCAAACCGUCACCCGCCAAGCAACUGGACGCUGUGAGUCCUCAACCGCCCCCUCUCCGGUCGCCACUCUCAAGACAAGAAUUUUUCGGGCCGAGAGAGACGCAGAAUGUUGUUCCAGCAAGCGAUGAUAACAAACGACCGGAUUCCGUGCACCACCACCGCUGUGUAAACCAAACCUCUACGUGCGCGGAAUGCAGAAAUGCUGAUCCGAGCCCCGUGAAUAUCGACUCCGUUAUUCUACGCCGUGGUAGGAGAACCAAGGCACCCAAGCCGCUUCCUUACUUGGAGCCCAUCGUUACCUACCUUGCGAGAAGCGACCGUCAGCCAGCGGUCAACGGACGGCCGGGCGUCGCCCAGCAGCGAAGACGUAAGAGGGUCACGUUCGCUGCACCGUCGUCGACCCGCUCUCUGAAGUCCCGCCAACGCAGAGUCGCAAGAACUCACAGCGAGAAACUUUCUCUCGGGCGGAGAAGGGAACUCGCGUACCUGGUCGUGGACCUGCAGAGUGGAUCAAUUGCUAGCUGUUCUGAUGAGCAGAGUGAGUCCACGACAAAGUCUCUGAGAGGAGGAGCCAGUCUUCAGAAAAGCGUCACAGUUUCAGAUCCUCACGCCAGAGAGAGAGCCAUGAGCACUGGAGCUGAUGGUAGUAGACCUGUACCUCUCCCCAGGAGGAUAAAAAAAGUGGCCUCCCCUGCUGAGAAAGAUUGCACAACUCCUGAACACCUGCCGAGCAAUGAAGAAGGAGAGAAGUCGGUAACAUCACCAAUUCCACCCCCGAGAUCUCCAGCGAGGAAACCCACCCCCGAGGGGGAGGUUGUGGAGGAGUCUCCCUUAUCACCGCAAACUCCUUCCACUCCCGACAGUUCCCGCAGCAGUCGCAGUGAGAGCAUUGUCUUCCAGAGGAGAAUGACGUUUGAGGGGAGGGAGACCAGUCCUCGACCACGCUCCCUGAGCACCACUACACAGAGUAACUCCAAACCCCCACCCCCACCCCCACUUCGAACUUCCAGUGUCCUCACGUACAGCGUCCCGCAGUCAAAGCCAGUAGUGUCGGAUUCGCAGCCGUCUCAUCCCUCCACUCCCCCCACUCUCCCUCCCAAAUCCCCACCCCACACCCCUCCUUUUGAUCCUGAUAGUGCACCACCACCACCACCACUUCCAGCCAAGAGCGAGCUCUCGCGACGUAUCCAGAGCUCCAUCAGACAGAGGAGAGAUCCGCCAACACCGCCCCAACCGUAUGAGACUCCAGAUCCACUGGAACUUACAGACAGGUUGGAAACAAGGGAAAACUAUAGUUACGGAUCUACUAUACUAUCAGAUGGAAGCAGCGGAGGUUAUGAGGUGUCUGAUCCUAAUGUCGAUUUGGAAAAAGGACAAUCCUGA